CAACUGCACCGUGUGCCUUUCGAAAGAAAUGCAGACAGAGUGAAGCAAAUGAGGACUGAGUAUGUUCAGAGGGUGAUGGAGCUGGAUGCUGAUGACGACCAUCACAAAUCAUAUAUUUGGAUGAGGCAGGUUUUAAUCUGGCCAAGACAAGGAGGAGAGGUCGGAAUUUCAUUGGCCAGCGGGCAACCAUCCAAGUACCUGGACAACGUGGGACCAACAUUACCAUGUGUGCGGCUAUAUCAGAAGAUGGUGUGGUGGGACGCAGACCUCAUAUUGGACCAGAUAAUGCAGAUGUCCUUGUCACCUUUCUUUAUUGAGCUCGAUCAGGUUUGUAGAGCUGAAGGUGUGACCUAUGUCAUUGUGUGGGACAAUGUCAGGUUCCAUCAUGCUCAUGUGGUGCAAGCAUGUUUUCAGGCCCAUGCACAAUUUACCACCCUGUAUUUACCCCCAUACUCUCCCUUCCUUAACCCGAUUGAGGAAUUUUUCUCCGCAUGGAGAUGGAAGGUUCAUGACAGGCACCCUCAUGAACAAGUCACUCUUUUCCAGGCCAUGGAUGACGCCUGCAAUGACAUCACAGCAGACCAGUGUCAGGCCUGGAUUCGCUAUGCCCGAAGGUUUUUUCCAAGAUGUUUGGCUAAUGAAAACAUCCAUUGUGAUGUAGAUGAGCAACCUGUGGCCAAAUCCACAACACAGAGUUGAUGACAAUGUAGAAGUAAUCACUCCUGUUUUGUUUCUUACAGUACAAGCAAGCAAGUUGAGGAACACUGCAUUUGAUGUUUUACAGUACUGUCUUUUCUUUUCUAUUUCAUAGCUAAUUAUUUUUGCUUUGAUUCAAAUAAACCUAUGUUGUGAUUGUACUGUAGUGUUUUGCAUCAAUAUAUUACAAACUUUGUUCAA